AUGGGAAAACUACAUCUAGAAUACUUAGAUUCCAAUCAAUUAUAUGUGUGUGGAAGUUGCAAAGCUCAUUUGACCAAUAAUAGGGAGCUUAUUUCGAAGGAUUUUUGGGCUGGAACUGGAAAAGCUUAUCUUUAUAAUAAAGUUGUCAAUAUUUAUACAGGAGUAUUAGAAGAAAGGAUGCUGAGGACAGGGCUGCAUAGUUGUUGUGAUAUUUUUUGUAAAAAUUGCGAUUGUAAGCUGGGAUGAAAAUACGAGUGGGCUCUCGAGCCAGAACAGAAAUAUAAGGAAGGAAAAUUUAUUUUAGAAAAAAAUUUAAUAGAGAAAGCUGAAUGGGAAAAUUAG